AUGAUGAACCAAUGUCGGUCCAUGCAAAAAAUGUAUGUCUGGGGAUCCUCGUGGCACUUCUGCCGUUUUCACUACGGCGAGUUCGUGCCACAAGCCAUGGCGCGCUAUGGGCAUUACCUGGCGGCGCGUGCAGGAAUCCUUACUAGCAACCGUGUUCUCGAUAUUGGAUAUGGUGUCGAUGUUCCGAUCCGCGAAAUUGCGCACUUUACAGAUGUACAUAUCACUGGCCUUAACAUCAACGAUUGCCAGAUCAGCCGCGCUCGUCGGUAUGCGAUCGUGCACGGUCUCCAAAGCAAACAGGACUUUGUAAAGGGCGACUUUGUAAACAUGCCACUGGAGAGCAUCACCUUUGAUGCUUGCUAUACCAUCGAGGUCACUCUUCAUGCGUUCCUGACCGACAAGUACGAUACCACCAACCUUGAGCACCAGCGAAUUGCCAAAGGUAUCAAGCUCGGAUGCAGUCUUGUCAACCUGGCGACCCAUAGGGAGUACCUCGAUGCUCUGGAGUUUCCUGGAUUUGAGAUACUGAAAAACGAGGACCGUGCUGUCAAUGAUGAUGCCGUCCCUUAG